AUGAGGCCAAGUAUUAAACCUAAUGAACGACUAGCCGUCACCCUACGUUAUCUUGCAAUGGGAGAGUCGUUUAAGUCUCUGGAGUUCCAAUUUAGAAUUAGCAGGACGGCAAUUUCUGAUAUUGUUGUGGAAACGUGCCAAGCAAUCUUUGAUGUGUUGUCUUCCUGGAUCUUAAAGAUGCCAUGUACAAAUGAAGCUUGGUUGCAGCUGGCAAGUGUGUUUGAGCAACGAUGGAACUUUCCUAAUGGCAUAGGGGCUGUUGAUGGCAAGCGUAUAAAUAUCCAACAACCUGGAAACAGUGGAUCUCACUAUUACGAUUAUAAAGGCCACAAUAACCUGAUUUUGUUGGCAGCAGUUGGUCCACAAUAUGAAAUAUUGUGGGCUGAUGUUGGUACUAAUGGCAGGGCAUCUGAUGGAACUGUAUGGCAGAAAUGUGGACUGAAACAUGCAAUGACAGCAGAGCACAACCCUUUGAAUCUUCCUAAGCCCAAAUUAAGCCCUUCCUGGUAG